AUGCUGGCCCUUGCAGCUCGAGCUUGCCCUGCUUUUGCCCACUCACAGCGCCAACCGCGAGACCAACGUGCGUUAGCAGUGCAGCGAAACCACCACGAACGACCGAUGAUUACGCUACGUGUGUGUCGCCUCGAUUGAGGACGAGGAAGCGGAGCAAGGCAGCUCUGUGCAAGAGAGCCCUGCCUAACGCGCGGCGGGCGCGCCGAGCCAAAGCGGAGGCGCGCCGGCCUGCCGAGAGACCUCCGAGGCUGUGCUGGGCGGACGUUCUCGAAGAGCGCUUUUGCUUGCACACGCGACGACCGAAACGCGGCCGAGACCCUUCGGUGGCUGCGGUAUCCUCAACGCGCGACGCCCCCGCAGGCAACAGAAUGAAGCUCCUCGCGGCCCUCCUCUUCGGCGCGGCCUCGGCCCUGCAGCCCGCGCAGGUGAAGCCCGCCGCCGUCGACCGCCGGGCGGCGAUGAAAUUCACGUUCCCCGCGGCCGUCGCCGCGGCGCUUGCACCGGCCGCCGCGCUCGCGGCCAAGCCGCCGCAGCUGCAGUCGAUGCAGCCGCCGCGCCGCGCGAAGACGGGCCAGAUCAAGACGGGCAACGCGGGCUCGAUCAUGAAGAAGUAG